CUGAACAUUCGUAGCUACAUAUUUGCACUAGAUUGGUAGAUUACUCAAUCUAAGCCAAUUUUCAGAAGAUUUAGAACAAAAUAACAUUAGGUGAUUAUGCACAUGUCAUAGUGUAUAAUUUGCAUACAUGAAACACACCAUAUCCGUUUCAGCAACAAAAUAUAUGUACUGGAUACGCACUACGCAAAUAUACAUAACUAAUUGCUAAAUGUUACAUCAUACAAAUUUGAGUCGCAACCAGGAUAAACCUCCCCAUUGAAGUUAAAUAUAUCAAUUUGAAGCACAAAUAAGCAAUUUUCACUCAAAUUGUUCCACAUUUUACAAAUGUUGUGCAAUAUUCUACUUUAAAAACCAAAAUACAAAUUCAGUUUGUAGAUGUGUUUGCAUUGUUCAAAAUGCAAAUUGUUGCAGAAUGUAUUGAAAAAUCUUAUUGUUGAACAAUAUACUAAUUUUUUGUACAUUAUGCAUUUAGAAAACUGACUUAUCCCUCUCAGGUCCUAUAAUUUAUUAAUUCAACUCUGUCAAUAUGAAAGCAAGCAUUUUGUUCAUAGUGGUGGCAAUUCUCUCCUCAAAAAUUGCAAAUGCUACUAAUAUAACUGGAUAUCAAUCUGUUAUCGAGGACUCUAAAAUUGUUGGCGGUCAGCCUGCAACUCUUGGACAAUUUCCUUUUCAAGUUUCCAUAAUCAUUGGUGGAUCGUCGCUUUGUGGCGGUUCCUUAAUCUCAGAUCGGGAAGUUUUGACAGCUGCGCAUUGUACAUAUGGUAAUUCCGCUGGUGCGUUUGUGGUUCGUGCAGGAUCGCUAAGAGCACGAACCGAUGGACAAUCUCGAACAGUGUCACAAGUCAGGCAGCAUCCCCAGUACAACGCUAACACCGUAGAUAACGACGUGUCCGUAUUAGUGCUCUCCUCACCUUUUACGCUAAGCAAUACCGUGGGGGUAGCAACUUUGGCAACAUCUGAGCCAUCGGCGUCCACGGCGUGUCAAGCUGCUGGUUGGGGUCUGCUAAUGGAGGGAGGUCCAUCGACUGCCUUUCUCCAGUAUGUCGACUUGCCUAUUGUGAGUCGAGCAGGAUGUGCAGCAGUUUAUGGGGUCGGAAGGAUUUCAGCGAAUCAGAUCUGUGCCGGACACAGCGCCGGUGGAAGGGACACGUGUCAGGGUGAUUCAGGCGGGGGACUUUUCUUGGCCGGGACAAACACGCAAGUCGGGAUUGUCAGUUAUGGAAAUGGGUGUGCCAGGCCAAACAUUCCCGGAGUGUAUACCAACGUGGCACGUUAUUCUGCCUGGAUUAGAGAUGGGACACAGCCAACAACGCUAUGCACUGGACUUCUUGACAUUUGUAAUCGUAUCCCGGGUACAAUCUUUUGUAGCAAGAUGAGCCUGCUUUGUAAUUUGGGCAAUUUGUUUGGAUAAAGUGGAAGGAACUGCACAAAGUGAAAAACAUUGCACAAUUGAGACAAAUUUAUUUUAAAACUUUUUGUUCAAAUAAAGUGAAAAGUAGUUCCGAGUAUUUGAAAGGAA